AUGCGCGAUGUGCAGUCCGCCGAAGAAGAACUGAACAAGGGAGAGAAGAAGGUGAGCGAAAAGAUUAAGCGUGGUCUUUGCGAAUUUUCGUGGACGCAAGCUGAAUAG